CUUCCGCCAAGAACAGGAAGUCACCUAGACCUUAUGCAAACGGUCUAAAGUCCAAAACACAAGUAAAUGCAAAGUCCAGUGAGUUGUAUUUAAAGACGGUAGUGACAGUUGUUACGUACUCAGAGAAACAUUUGAAAUGGCAGUAAAUACAGGAAAACUGGCUGGCCGUACAUUGUUUAUAACUGGUGCUAGUCGUGGUAUUGGUAAAGCUAUUGGUUUAAAGGCAGCUAGAGAUGGUGCUAAUGUGGUUAUAGCAGCUAAAACAUCAGUACCACAUCCUAAACUCCCGGGUACUAUUUAUACUGCAGCUAAGGAAAUUGAAGAAGCUGGUGGCAAGUGUUUCCCAUGUGUUGUAGAUAUAAGAAACGAAGAGGAUGUAAAUAAAGCUGUUGAAGAAACUGUUAAAAGAUUUGGUGGUAUUGAUAUACUGGUUAACAAUGCUAGCGCUAUCAGUCUUACCGGUACAGAAGCCACACCCAUGAAGAAAUUUGAUUUAAUGAUGGGAGUCAAUACAAGAGGAACAUAUCUAUGCUCUAGAGCAUGUUUACCAUAUUUAAAGAAAGGAAGCAACCCACACAUUUUAAACCUUAGUCCUCCAUUAAAUUUAAAUCCAGUUUGGUUCAAAGGACAUGUUGCUUAUACCAUGGCCAAAUAUGGUAUGUCAAUGUGUGUACUAGGAAUGGCAGAAGAAUUUAAGAAUGAUCAUAUAGCUGUAAAUGCAUUAUGGCCGAGGACAGCUAUAUAUACAGCAGCUAUGGAGAUGUUAGGUGGUGGUAAAGAAAUAGCUAAACAAUGUAGAACAGUAGAUAUUAUAGCUGAUGCAGCUUAUAUGAUGUUAUCUAAAGAUAGUAAAUCAUUUACUGGUAAUUUCUGUAUAGAUGAUGAGUUUUUACAAGCUAAUGGUGUAAAGGAUUUGGAUCAAUACACAUGUGUACCAGGUUCAACACUUUUACCCGAUUUCUUUUUGGAUUCAGUGGAUCCUAACGCAUUACAUAAACAGAUGACGAAAGAAGGAGCUAAACCAGUAUUUAAUAUUUCUACUGAUGAUUCUAAUAGUCCUGCUCAAACAUUUAAACAAAUACAAUCUUUACUUAGUCCAGAGUUAGUUCAGUCAACUAAAGGCAUAUACCAGUUUAAAUUAACAGGUAAUGAUACAGGUAUAUGGUAUAUUGUAGCUUAA